AUGCUUCUUGUGUGGUCUUACGAUGUUAAACUGAAAAGUUCACAAAUGAAAGUCCGUCGGCGUUCAAAAGUUGUUUCAUCUGACGAAAAUGAAGGUGCAUCUACUUCAUACGACGACCGUUCACUACAUCGUACCGCAUCCAUGGGUGGAAGACAAGAAUCGUACCGUUUUCCAUCGAACUUGGUGAAAGAACAGCACUGGAGAGAGAAUGCCAUUUCAAUCAAGAUUGACUCCAAAGCUGCCAAAUGCGUUGACGUGACGACUGUAUUUGAUUUUUUUAAUAAACUUGGUACAGCAUUCAACUUGACGCCCGUAACGGAACAACAGCUUGAUGAAGCCAUUAUGUCUGAGAUGUCAUUCCUUUUUUUACAGCGACCAUAUGGAAACAGCGAGAUUUUAAUCAGGAUGAUUGUAGAAUUAUUCAAUGGUUUUUGCUCCAUCGAUUUUUCCCAUAAUGUAAAGAUGUACCAGCGAAAUAAAAUCUACCACGAAACAAACUCUGAAAAUUACAAUCAAUCGCUAUGGGUUUUUUUUGAUCAUGAUUGGAGGUAUUUGAGUCCAGAGCGAUGGGAAGUGAAGAAUGUCUUAGGUUCAUCCAAAGAAAAUGCAGACUUCUUUGCACUGCCCUUCCGCUUACGUAGUGCUCUGUUGCUUGAUCUUUGCAUUUACAGGCUUGCUUGUCCAGACGCCCAGAAUAUAAUUGAUUCAGCAAUCGAUGAAGGGGCAUCGCUUGGCUGUCAGCUUCGCACCAAUUCCCUUGGGUCUAUUGACAAUGCGGAUUUUUAUUAUUUUGGAGGUAUGCGAGUUUAUCGGUCGAAAAUACUUACUAAGAAGGAUCUGAGUGGGAGAAAGUCGAAAAAAGUUUUGGCUAGGAAUAGUGGUGGGAAGAGGCAGAAGCUUCAAUCGAAGGAAUUCUCAAAAUUGAAUCCAUCUCCUACAAUGUCAGAUUCCCGAAAUAAUGCUGUUGUCAGUCAGUCGUCUGUUAGAGAAGUUGAUUUGGCGCGAAUAGAUGCUUCGACUGCUCUAGCUAACGAAAACGACAGCAGUAAACUCAGUGAAAACAACGAAGGGGACGCAAAUGUGAAGUUGGAUGAGCCAGUGGCAGUUGAAAAUAGUGCUGAACUUGAUGAUUUGAUGAAUCAGGAGUAUUUUACACAUUUAAAUGAUGAACAGUUUGUUUGGGAAGUCGUGUGUUCUUGUGAGGAUCAUGUGCACUACCUCAUUGAAUACUUUAGAACGAGCCAUAACGCUGGUUCUAAAGUGCUGUCUCAAGCACUGAUAAAUUCAGUAUUACCAUCUGUACAAGAAUAUUCACGCAAGCAGAAGGAGAAGGAAAAAGCUGCUAUGAGAGCAUCUCGUUUCUUGCCGCGAGUAUACAGUGGAUCUCAUUUUGGCGACUUUGAAUUGAGGCACAGUAGGAGGUUGGAGGAGAAGAAAAUUGAGCGCGAAAAGCAGUUAGAGGAACAAAAGAAAAUGGAAUUAGAAAUAGAAAAUAUGAUUCGUGAGCAAGAGGGGAAGAAAAAGCUUCAAGAGAAUGAAGAAUUGGUCGAAGUCCAACCAAAAAUUAGUCGUGAAGAGAGGUUAAGGCUACGUGAGCAGCGGAUUUUGGAACAAGAGGCAGAGAAGAGAAGGAAACAAGGCUUGACAGAACGAAAUGCCGAACAUGAAGCUGGUGUUGUAACGCCUGGCGUUACCAACCCUUAUAAUUUUCAUAGGCGGAAACAGUCGUUUGAUUUCUGUCAGAACGUACCCGUGUAUGCUGCCAGACAGCAUACGCUUCUGGAAAACGAAUCCAGUGAUUGGCGCUGGAAGAGGCUUCGUAUUGGGGAUGACGAGAAAAAUUUUCAGAACAGGAAUUACAUUAACGACGUUGAACAUAAUAUUCCGUACGGAGAUAGAGGCUCUUUCAAUUUUCGUGGACCUUUCAGUCCAGGGCAAAAGCAGUGUCCGAUUUUUGGACGUAAUCCUGCAUAUCCCUUUUCCGGACGAGUUCUACCGUCUUAUAAUUCUUCGUUAUCCAAUGACAAGCAAUCGAUGCUAAUGGAACGAGAUUAUAAUAAAACUGAGAUGUUCUUGGACGAUUUUCAUAACAGCAGCUCAGUUCCAGUAAAUGGUUUCGCACAUCUUAACGAGAAUCAGGAUUCUGAAGAUGUAAGAAAUCCUCGAAUCAUUAGUUCCCAUGUGUGGACUGGUUUGGCUAAAAACCGGACGUAUUUUGGAGUUCACGGUGUUGCUCUUGGAUUAAUUGCUAGGCUCUCCUUUUUACACUAUAACUUUCCAGAGACUGAUAGGUUUAUUCAGAUUCAUGACCUCUGCCGUGUCAUUGACUUGCUUUUGCCUUUACCAUACGGUUGUGAAAUAAUGAAAUUGAUCCUGGCUCUCACCGCAUACAAAACAGCUCAAAUGAAGGAUUUUUCAAAAAUUAUUGUAACCAAGUAUUUGGACUACCCAUCGGCUGAAAGUUCUGAAUGCUUCAGAAUUAUGGUUCCAGAUGGCUCGUACAUGACUUUGCUGGCGUCUGGACCGCUUCUGGACCACGAUUACAUAGUUCCACCGGUUGAGCUUAUCAUAGAUCAGAAGUGGAAGUUCGCAGCGGAUCCAAUUGAUGCAGAUUCCUCUUUCCAGCCUAUAGAAUUUAGCUUACAGAAGCAAGAACCGGUGUUACCGAUUGAUGAAGUUGUCGAUGUGGAGACUUGA